AUGCACGUCGUUAUGGAGAAGAUCUACGAUGCCUUCUUGACCGUCAACAUCCUCAGCGGGACCGUAUCCACAUGCCAGCAACGGCACAAUCCGAAGACCCUAACUAUGGGGAUAAUUGGAGCAGCCUCCGAAGUGGUGUUCAAUAAGCAUGUACGGAGUAAAUGGGCCGAAAAAUUGGAGAAGGUAAAUUUCAUAAUAGUCACGGUGUUUGGGAAUUUUCCGUUAUCUUACAACAUUAUGGCCAUUGCAGCGGUGCAUCAAGUAAAAGCCUGCAUCACGUCAGCCUCGCCUCAACCGAGCCUCGUUGACCUCUUCAUAGCUCGGUACUUUCAUCCGUUCCUCCGUUUGAAUCCCAGUACCGCCGUUGCCAUGUCAAUGUCUCAUCUGCCAGAGCCAAACCCUCCUCAGGGGUUCGAGGUCAAACGCCGGAAGAUUCGCAAAGGGACCAGCAGCUGCUGGGAGUGCAAACGGCGCAAGAUCCGAUGCACGUUCGGCCCCACGUUGGACAAUAUCUGCGUGGGCUGCCAACGACGGGGCACUCGGUGUCUGAGCCAGGAGUUCCCUGAAGAAGCUUGUCCGCCUCGCGAUCGAUUCGGCCGCAUCGAGGCCCGGAUUGACCAAUUGGCCCAGACUGUUAGCGCUGGAAGCAGUACAAAUACAAAUAGAACUAGUUUGAGUAGUCGAGGAGAGAGACCCCCCACGUUCGGUCUCGCCAGGAUUCCCUCGCGGAGUUCCAGAGAGGUGGAAUCUGCAGGGGAUCUUGCGUCCGCCGAACCCUCGGUGGACGGAUUUCCCCUGGAGGAGGGCGGAAUUCCGCAGGACAGCAAUUUCCCCGAUCCUGGUUCUCAUUACCCCGACACGGCCAAGCAUGCCAAACUUUCCCAGGCGUUGCAUGCCGCUCUACCAUCACCGGAGGAUCUGGAGAUCAUGUUGAAGGCGGGCGCCCAUGUCUCCAUCUAUUUCCACCAGGUCAUGAUGGCCCCCUACUCCGACGUGGAGCGCGAUGGACUCGAUCUGCUGGGCACCGCGUGGCCGGACCCCGACACGCAUCCGGUGCUGCUCGCUAAGUACAUCUUCCUGCUAGCCAUCACUCUCCAGUAUGUCGAUCCCGAAUCCUAUGAGCAGAUCAACCGGAUGUCCGAGCCCCCGCGGGUUAUCAUGACCAGGCUCGCGAACACGGCCAUUGAUCGGGUCACGGCACAUGACGAACUGCUGGGAACCGUGGAAGGGUUGGAAUGUGUCGUCCUGGAGGGGAUUUACCAGGCAAACUGUGGGAACCUCCGCCGCGCCUGGAUUGCGUUCCGGCGAGCGAUGGCUCUCGGUCAGCUUAUGGGCAUCCACCGAGAUGGACACCGGCCGCUGAAAGUCAUCGACAGUCGCACGACCAAGGUUACUAACACUUCAUUCCUGUGGUAUCGCAUUGUCAAUACCGACCGCUUUCUGUGUUUGAUGCUGGGGCUGCCUCAAGGCUCGCUGGACCGAAGUAUGUCGGCAGAGUCUGCCCUCGCCCAGGACACGCCGAUCGGCCGUCUGGAGAGACUCCAUUGCACCAUCGCCUCCCUGAUUCUGGAGCGUAAUGAGAAGGACCCGGGCUCCUACAGCUUCGAGACCACGAAAGAGAUCGAUCUCAAACUGCAGGAGGCGGCCCAGACGAUGCCGAGCGGAUGGUGGCUCGGUCCCAACCUGCCGGCCGCCGCUGCCAGUCACGACGAGCAGACAGUAUUCUGGGAGAUGCUGCGACUUGUCAGUCAGCUCUUCCAUUAUAACCUGCUCAACCAGCUGCAUCUGCCAUUUAUGCUGCGCUUUACUUCCUCCGAGCGUCGCUAUGACUACACCCAAGCGACGUGUGUGAACGCCUCGCGUGAGGUGCUCACGCGUUUUAUCUCCUUCCGCAGUUUUAACCGAGUGCCCUAUUGCUGCCGUGCAGUCGACUUUUUCGCCCUGCAGGCAGCGCUGACCCUGUUACUGGCGCAUCUCGACAGCCACCGCCGCCGGGCCAGCACGGGGGAUCUGAGUUCCCUUGCCCACCAGCGCCUGAGCGACCGCGCCAUGAUGGAGCAAGUCGUCUGGAACAUGGACCAGAUCAACCAGGUGAGUCGCGAUGCUCUCAGUGCAAAAAGUGCCAGUCUGCUGCGCCGUCUACUGGCCAUCGAGGCCGAGGCGGCCUCUGGAAGUAGCUAUAUCACCCAGAACGAGCGAGCCUGCGAAGGACAGCCCCCGUCGCGUGCGCCGGACGAAAGCAAUGUCCUGCGCAUCCGCAUUCCGUAUUUUGGCACCAUCCGCAUUGCGCCCGAGUGCCUGAUAUCCAAGGAGGUAUCGCCGGAAGGAGCCGCGCUGUCGCUGUCCGAUAUUCCGGCCAGGACCGGCGUUGGUGGUGGUCAUGGAGCACCUGCUACGCCAACGCCAUCGGACACAAUCUCGAUGGAGAUGCCACAGGUGCCACCGCACGGGAACGAGCAGCAAGUGCAGGCCCAGCUCGAUGAUCACUCGCGAGGGGGUGAGACCACUGUGCCGUACACGGACCACGAUCGGGUGCAACAGCAAUAUCUGCAUCCGGGGCUGACGGCGGGCGUGGAUGACUGGGCUUUUCAGGGGGUUGAUAUGGCCUACUUCACCAGCUUGAUGGGAGGAUCGAUGUUGACAAACUCCUUGGGCAGCACAACCUGA